GGCCAUUGGCGGAGAGGGGCGGUCUGUCGGUGUGUGAUUGGUGGAGGGAGCUGUCAGUCAGCGGCAGGCUGCAGAGGAGCUCCAGAGAGAGGGAGAUGUCAGAGGCUGAGCUGCCUGCUCCCUUACUUCAGUAGCAUUAGUGGGGUUCAGCAGCCAGCAUGGCCACAGCUGCCUCCAGCCCCUACACCCUGCUCAGCCCCAGCUCCAUGAUCCACGCGGACAGCCAGGCCAUGCAGCCCGGGAGCCCCUACAGAGGUCACCAGAAGCUGCUCCAGAGCGACUACCUGCAGAGCGUCCAGAGCAACGGGCAUCCCCUGGCGCACCAGUGGGCGAGCAGCCUGUCUGAGGGCAGCCCCUGGUCCACCUCCAUGGAGCAGCAGGACGUGAAGCCCGGCAGAGAGGACCUGCAGCUGGGCAUCAUCCAUCACCGCUCCCCGCACGUCGCGCAUCACUCCCCGCACCACAACAACCACGGGAGCCACCCCGCCGCCUGGGGGACCCCGGUGUCCCACAACUCCUCCAUCAGCAGCGGGCAGCAGCUCAACAUCUACUCCCAGACGGGCUUCAGCGUGAACGGCAUGCUGGAGCACGGCGGCCUCACGCCUCCGGGCAACCCACAGGGCCAAGGGAUGCACCCGGGCCUCGGAGACACGCUCAGCCCCGAGCACAGCGACCUGGGCGGACACCACUGCCACGACCACUCGGACGAGGAGACGCCGACCUCGGACGAGCUGGAGCACUUUGCCAAGCAGUUCAAACAGCGGAGGAUCAAGCUGGGCUUUACGCAGGCGGACGUGGGUUUGGCCCUGGGCACGCUCUACGGGAACGUGUUUUCCCAAACCACCAUCUGCAGGUUCGAGGCCCUGCAGCUGAGCUUUAAAAACAUGUGCAAACUAAAGCCGCUGCUGAACAAGUGGCUGGAGGAGGCCGACUCCUCCACGGGAAGCUCCAGCAGCAUAGACAAGAUCGCAGCUCAGGGGAGGAAGAGGAAGAAGAGGACGUCCAUCGAGGUGAGCGUAAAGGGCGUCCUGGAGACGCAUUUCCUCAAGUGUCCCAAACCCUCAGCGCAGGAGAUCACCUCCCUGGCAGACUCUCUGCAGCUGGAGAAGGAGGUGGUGCGCGUUUGGUUCUGCAACCGGAGGCAGAAGGAGAAGAGGAUGACGCCGCCCGGGGAGCCCCCGCCGCCGCACGAGGGACCUUACUCACACAGCGGGAGCGCGGGGGACGCGUCCUCAUGCCACGAUCUCUGACCGCGCGAGGAGGAACCCGCUGACUGACUCUGGAGCGAAAGGACGCGCGCGCGCGCGCGGCGGGGGACGCGUGUCCCGCCGCAGACUCCGCAGCCUCCUCGCUUUGUUUUUUCUCCAUCACGGAUCUAAAAAUGUGCCUGAAUCUAAAGCUGCCAGCGCCUCAUCAGCUGCAGGGGAACCGAAGCUGCUGAGGAUCAAAUAAACUCUUUAUUCUCUGAUUUGUUGCUAUUUUUACAGGAAAAUUGUUUUUUUUUUUAUAUAUGCAAACAUUAUAUCAGAUGUAGUGAACCUGAAACAUAAAAGCACUUGGAGGGUUUUUAUUUUUAUUUUAUUAUUUCCCUCAUAUUCAUUUAGUCGUUAUUUCUUUUUUUUUCGACCAUAAAAACUGUGUUUGGAAGCAGGAUGACGCUGGAAACCUGCCUCUCAUUUUACUGUUUCCCUAAAUUUUUAUAAUCUCCAAUAUUCCUGUUAUACUCGGCUCAGUAUUUUUCUCCGAUAUUGUACAGUUUUAUACAUAUUUACCCUUUUCGAGUCAUUAAUUUAAGCAAAAUCUGUUAGUUUAUUUCUGCACUUAAUUAGCAAAAAUCCGCCUAUUUUCAGUAAGAUGGACCGUUUGGCGCUUUUAUUCCAAAAUUUCGAUGUCAGCUCGAGUAAUUAUUUAUUUUCAGUAUAAAGCUUGUAUUAUGUUUUGAAAUAAACAAUGUAUGUUGUAAUAAACAAUUUCCUGAUACAAUUGUU